GUAGUUCCUGGAGCCGCCCCCUGUUUGCAUGCCGGUUCACAUUUUAUAAAAGACCGUCCCAUGAAAUGGCGAAGGAGCAGAUAUGAUAUGAUAGGAUAGGAUUAGAUUUGUUUGCUUUGUUCGUCUGAAUCAGAUUGGAAAAAUUGGAAAAAAGUUUAGAUUCCUAGGUAGGUUGCAAGUUCAAAUCCUCGGAAUUGCAGGAUUGAUUGAUUGAUUCUGAAUCACAGGAAAAGAUUAGGUAGGUUGCGCGUUCAAAUCCUUGGAAUUGGAGGAUUGGUUGAUUGAUUCAUUCUGAAUCACAGGUAAAUAUUGGGUGAGGAUUUCUUUCAGAAUCACAGGAAAAGAUUAUAGGUAGGUAGGUGCCUUGCGUGAUGGGAAUGGAAGCUAUCCGGAUGAGUGCUGAGUUUGACAGCAAUUUUUUGAAGAGAUCUGUGUCCUUGAGGUCGGGUUACAUUUGCAACGAUGGGAUAUUCCGCGGUGCUCAAAAUCAAAAUUUGAGCUCCGAAUUGAUGAGACUGGCUAGAUCCAAGUCUAUUCCUCUCGAAAGUAGUGUUAAGGUCAAAUCAAUACAACCGGCCGCUAAGAGCAGGGAAUCCAAACCCCUGCCCCCUGAUAAAGUUACGGAGCCUAAAGUUACAGUCGAGAAGAGUAAUCAGACGAGGGAGGAGAAAAUGUGUCCUCCCUAUGGAAUGAUGUCUGUGAUAGGAACAAGGCCCGAGAUGGAAGACACUGUGGCUGCUGUACCUUCUUUUUGUAAGGGAGAAUCUUCAUUUUCAUCGUCUAAUCUUCAUUUUUUUGGAGUUUACGAUGGCCAUGGAGGUUCACAGGUCGCCGGAUUUUGCAGAGAGCGGCUGCAUGAGGCACUGGCCGAGCAACUCAGGGCUUUGCCUCCUUCUAGGUCGAAAGAUUGGCGGCGAGAUCCGAGUGAGUGGGAGACGGCCGUAAAGAAUUGCUUUAAUCAAGUAGAUAUUGAGGUCGGAGGGCUUUGUCCCACCGGAAAAUGUUGUUACCGGGAUGGUGAAUAUUGUGGAAUGUGUAAAUGCAGAAAGGCCGUUGCGCCGGAUUAUGUAGGGUCGGCGGCCGUGGUGGCCGUGGUGAGCAACUCUCAGAUCGUUGUUGGCAACUGUGGCGAUUCUCGUGCCCUUCUUUGCAGAGCAGGCACACCAAUCCCUCUGUCCAGCGAUCAUAAGGCUGAUCGGCCGGACGAGAUCGAGCGGAUCGAGGCAGCUGGAGGACAGGUUGUGUUCUGGAAAGGCUACCGUGUCGGAGGCCUACUCGCCGUGUCCAGAGCCAUAGGUGACAGAUUUAUGAAAGAUUAUGUAAUUUCUGAACCAGAGGUGACUUGCAGUGAAAGAACAGGUGAAGAUGAAUUUGUAAUAUUGGCCAGCGAUGGAGUUUGGGAUGUUAUUUCAAAUGAAUAUGCGUGUCAAGUGGUAGGAAAAUGUCUGGAUGGUUACCGACCUCGCCGAUUUAAAGCAACAAAUAAAAUUUCUCCAGCUGUUUUUGCUGCCUCUUUUCUCACAAAAAUGGCGGUUGAACAUGGAAGCAGUGAUAAUAUUAGUGUUGUAGUUAUUGACCUUCAUAACGAUAGAACAAGAAGAAACCAAAAUAUCCAUUGAUUCUUCACCCUACAACCUCCAACACAAAGAAGAGCAUUUUUUACCAAACUGUGUAUAUGAUUUGGGUUUUGCUCCCAAAUCUUUUGAUAACAAAGUGUAGAUAACCUCUCUGAAAUGUCUUUUAAAAGAUUUUCUGUGAGAUGCAGAUCUUAAAUAGAUCUAUCAUUUAUAAACCCUCAAGUUUUCUUAAAA